AUCACUUAUGCUCGUGGGCUGGUUGCCGGGUUUGCAAUGGAAAAUAUAGAACAUCUCAUUUCCUUUGCAGAUGCAUUUGGAGCAUCCAGGUUAAGGGAAGCAUGCAUUAAUUUCAAGGAAUUAUGCAAGAAAAAGCAUGCAGACCGUCUAUGGAUGGAAGAAUUAGCUGCAGUUGAGGCAUGCUCAUCAUCAGAACUGCCAUCAUUGGGAACAUCCGGCAUUGUGCUUGCAAAUGGAAUAAGCAUCCCUAAUCCGAGUCUCAUGUCGAGUUUCCCCAUUAAUGGUGCAUCUAACGGUGAUCACGCUUCAAACGAAUCUUCAGAAGCAUCAAAAUCUGACACAACAUGUGCUGGAGCUGUGGACAGCAAGAAAGAUGAGAAUUUGCCUGCAUCAGAUCAUACAGCAUCAUCAACUACCACAAAAUAUCAAGUUCCAAAGCAAUGGCUAAAUCAGAUGCCUCAGCAUUGUAUAAUUUUCAAGGCCAGCUACCUCAAUAUCAAGGAUAUCCCUUCCAUCCUAUGCAGCCUGUGCCACUUCCAUAUCCAAUGAAUAUGCAGUGGCCUCCUAAUUCGAAUCAGAAUUCAUCCUCCAAGCUAAAGAAGAAAUCGUCGAAUGGGAAAAAGCUUGAUUAUUCGGGAGAAGAAAGGGAAGCAGAAUCCAGUGGCUCUGACUCUGGAACUGGAAGCGAGUCAGGUUCAGACGUGGAACAGGAAGAUAGAAGGCAUUCAUCACCAGAUCCUCCAUAUAGGAAGAAAAACCAUAAGAAGUCAUCUAGAACAGUUGUCAUUCGUAAUAUUAACUACAUCACUCCGAAGAGGAGAAGCGGAGAGAAAGAUCAAGCGUCGGAUGGAUCUUAUUCUGGUGAGGAUGAUCUGAUUGAUGCAGAUUCCUUAAAACAGAAAGUGGAUGAUGCAGUCAAGUCACUGAAGGAAUCAGGCAAAUCAAACUCAAGUAACAACAAAAGAAGAGGCGCAGACAAGAGCCACAACAUUGCAGAAAAAUCAACCGUUGCUUAUUUUGAGAGAGAUUCAGAUGAUCAUGAGCUAAACGCAUCAGAGGUGGGGAAAAGAAACGGGACCUGGGAUGCUCUCCAAAACCUUCUAAUGUCUGGUGAAGAAAAUGCAAGUGUGAAGGAAAUAGAAUGGAAGCAAGCUGAGGAUGUUCAAGAACAUUUCAUGGCUAGAAACCUCCAUGGUGAAAUUUCUGCAACUACUCCUUUGAACUUCGAAUCUCAGAAAGUUCCAAUUAAACGGACAGGUUUGAUUGAUUCUUUUGUGGUGACUGAGAGGGAUGAGAACAAUGAAAAUAGGCUCAAGUUGGAUGACUUUGUUAAUGGAGAGAAUUAUCUUCCAAUCAUGAAGAAAGGGGACUGUAUAGAAGUGGAUUUGUUACCUCCAGAGAGAUCGGCUGAAUCCGGAAAGAAGCUUGGUGAUCCCAUAUCUGCUUCUGCAAAUGAGUCGGCAAUAAUCAGGUGUGGAGAGGAAGAAGAUUGGUUUGUUGGAAAUCAUCCCAUGAACCCCUGACACCACCAUUCAUCCAAUAAUCAGAUGC